GGUCCUGUUCUAAAAGUUGUAGCUUUGGAGAAGGGAUAGAAGUCGAUCUGACGCUGGGGUUGUAUAUGUGCAGAGAGGUCUACAUCAGGGUCUACAGCCAGUCGUGUCGGAAGCAAUUGGCCGAGAUAGACCAACGGCAAGUUCGUGAGUCUUCGCAGCAAACGGUCGCACGUUCAGUUCGGAAAAACGGCGGCGACGUUGUGGCGUGUAGUGUGGAGAAGCUUCCUUUUCAGGGGCCGCAGCGAUUUCGGACAUGUCCUUUUACUACGAUCGUGCCCAGGACUACGGUGCCGACUACGAAACGAAAAAAGAAGAUAGUGAAAGUAGUGGUAAUGAAGAAUCCGAUGAUUCCGGAGUCACCGACGAAACCAAUGUUAAAAACAAGAAGUCGAUCAAUAAGGGGAGAUGGAGUAAAGAAGAAGAUGCUCAAUUAAAACUACUAGUUGAAGAACACCAAGAAAGAUGGGAUGCGAUCGCAGAACAUUUUGCGGAUAGAUCUGAUGUACAGUGUCAACAAAGGUGGACAAAAGUGGUAAAUCCAGAGUUGGUAAAAGGACCAUGGACGAAAGAAGAAGAUGAAAAAGUAAUUGAAUUAGUACAGAGGUUUGGCCCUAAAAAAUGGACGUUAAUAGCCCGGCAUUUAAAAGGAAGAAUAGGGAAACAAUGUCGAGAAAGGUGGCACAAUCAUUUAAAUCCAAACAUAAAAAAAAGUGCUUGGACCGAACAAGAGGAUAGGAUAAUUUACCAAGCGCACAGAGAAUGGGGUAACCAAUGGGCGAAAAUUGCGAAACUUCUUCCAGGUAGAACGGAUAACGCGAUAAAAAAUCAUUGGAAUUCAACGAUGCGAAGAAAAUACGAAGCCGAGUGCCGCGGCGAAGAAGUAAAAAAACCCAGAGCCCGUAAAACAAACAAAUACGCCAACAACAACGUUCAACAACAACCACAAGUUGUACAACAACUCGAAUGCCAAUACAACAUGUACAAUGAUGAAUACAUCGAACUUUAUGACCACGGGAGUCAAUCAAGCUCGGGAGCUCUUUCUGGUGGAGCUCCAACUCCUAGUCCAAGCCCCGUGGCGUCUACACCAAGUUUGUUGAGUACUUAUGAGAAAACAAAUUCACCACCUCAAGUUAUCUCCAGCGCAUCUUCAAACGGAACAAACUUUUUCCAACAAACAAUCGCGUUUAGUAAUCAAAGUCCGCUGAUGUAUGAAGAUCAUUUGUAUAGUUCUGUUGAUAUCGCUCAAUUUAAAGGAGUUGAAAUUCAAAAGCAACCACCACAAAUUCAACCAAAGUCAGAAUUCUUAAAAACGGACCUAAACACUCAAGUAAACGCCGUAGUCAGAGCGCAAACACCACCUAUUUUAAGAAGAGCUAAAAUUAAAAAAUCACGACGGGAGAGUAUUAUGCAGACUGAUUAUAGUAAUAUAGAAAAUGUUGCACCAUCUUCAUACAUACCUGAAGUAAUCGGUUAUAUUGAUACAAAACCUCUUCCAUUAAGUCCAGUAAAAAACCACACCCCAGUGAAACAACUCCCAUUCAGUCCAUCACAAUUCCUCAACAGUCCAAACAUCACCUUCGACGUCGCGCUUUCUUCAACGCCAAAGAAAUUAAUACAUGUUACGACGCCAUCGAAGACAAAACGAAUGGAUUAUAGCCCGUUAAGUACGCCAAGUGGAAUGCCUUUUCAACAUAAAACUGAACCCGUCGAAAAUGAGGUGCUAACGCCCAGCAAAGUAUAUUUAAAAGAUACGCCAAGGACCCCGACUCCUUUUAAGAAAGCUUUAGCGGACAUUGAAAAGAAAUGUGGGCCUUUAAAAUUACUUCCAGGAACGCCAACGAGAUUUGAUGAUAUCACGGAAGUUAUGAGGAAAGAUCACGAUUUAAGUUCGCAUUAUGAAACGGAUACAAGUACAAUUAUUACGGAUGAUAGUGGUUAUGUGUCUAAAAGAAAACAAUCAUUUACAAGUGGAAAAGAAAAUUUUCCAAGUAAAAGAGUAAGAAAAGCAUUAGCUUGGGCACCAUCAAGCACACCAACGUCAGAUUAUUCAAUUACAAUUGAAACGCCGAGUAAAUCGUUAAGAGAUGAAGGUUCGUUAAUCUUUUCAACUCCAUAUGAAAUGAAAGAGUCCUUGGGCGUCGACCUAAUGGACGACGCUCACACAGGAUCAUCCAAGCUUUUCGUAUCCUUUUCCUGGCAGCAUUUGUCCACCAGUCUACCAAUUCGUAGUGCCGAAGCGGCUAAACGCGUAACAUUUAAGGAUUCCGCGUGGACCCAAGUUCCUAAGUUGGAUUGGAAAUGGGUAAUAGUAGCUUGUGGUCGUACAAAAGAUCAACUGGAUAUGACCCAAAAAGCGCAUCGUUACCUUCGUAACACUGGAUUAAAGCCGAGAUCGUUGAAUUUUUAGAAACGAAAGUUUCUUUUAUUUGUACAUUCUAAACAAAUUUGUAUAUAAAAAAAAAUCUACGUUUUUUACUUUUAUAUUUUUCUA